GGAUCGAGCCUCGGUUUGGUUGAGGGAGCCGGUUUGCACGCGCGUUCUUUCCCUCGCGCUUCCGUUGGCAGGAAGCUCUUGUCAGUUGGUGAAAUUGAGAUCAAGGGCGGAUGUGUUAGAGGAACGGUUUCUUCUUCAGUAUUAUAGAUUAUACUAUAUCCAGUUACCUAAAGAAUAUAUAAAAACUUUUUCCGUCGCCAUUGUGAGGACUGCACACUCUAUGCGCCGUGAUAUUAUAAAAAAAAAGUUAAUUGGACUUGAGACUUUUUUGGAUUGAGUUUUAAGCAAAAGGGGAGGGAACCAUCAUUGUAUUUGUUCCCUUUCUGCACCUGCUAUGAUUGCAAUUCGGAAUCAGUUGCAAAAAGAUGUUUUCACACCGCAAGAAGAGAGGUUGCUGGGUUUGGUGUUCGUCUGGAAACCGGGAAAAAAACGAAAAAACUGCAUUUUGUGCGCCGCAGUGUCAACUGAUCGUCCAUAUCAGGCUUCUCUUGUGAAAUUUAAAAAAGCUGAUAAAGGUGAUGUGUACAAACAAGUGGCAUGGUGGUCAUUUGAGGAUCUGCUGGCAGUUGACGGAAAGGAUGCAGACAAGGAUAAUCCGGAAUUUGAUUUGCAGUUUGAUAAAGUAUACAAGUGGAUCGCCGGUAAUUCUGGAGAGAAAAAUAACUUUAUGUCCUGUCUCUUCAAGCUCAAUCGUCGUUAUCUACACAACAGAAUUAAGUUUGUAAACGUCAGUUCUCACAUUUUGGAAGAGAGCCUGCGUCCUCCAAUGGAACAGCGAGCAAGAAGACCAGUUGAAGAGGAAGAAGGAAUUGGUGUUUAUCAAGAAUUAUCAUCAAAAGAGGCAUUUGAUAUUGAGAAAUUAAUGGAACAGUUUGAUGAGUCUAUUUCCAAUUCAGAAGCUUUUGCAGAGAAAAUGAGCAAAGAUCUCCAUGUGUUAGAUGAGGCAAACAUACGAUCAAUCAUUGUGUCUGAGAAGCAAGUAACUGAAAUGAUGGAACUAAUUGAUGUGGGUCUCGUUGAAGUGAAAAACAUUGAGCAGACCCUUCAAACCUACGAAGAGCUGCUGCAGAGUGUUAAAGAACAGAUGGACCAUAUUCAUCAAAGCAAUUAUCAAUUACAAGUCAUUGAUUGUAACCAACAAAAACUUUUAGAGGAAGUCAUUUUUCUUGUGCACGAGCUGGACCUUGCUAAAGAACAUCAGCAUGCAUUAAGAAAUGGUGAUCUAUCCACACCUGAGAGUUUACAGGCUUGCAUUGCUGCUGUUGAAGCUCUGAAUAAUUGCAUGAAUGUUAGGUUACUUCCAGGGCAUCGGAAACUGCAAAGUGUGGUAGAACAAUUAAUAAAGUUUGAAAACUUGCGGCAGCUAUUUGAAAGUCGAUUCAUACGGCAUAUUAACGCUAUGUUUGUAUUACAGGGAAAUGAGCAAAGCAUUAGCUUGAUGCAACAAUCUGGAGAGCUAAUCUUUCCCAACCAUAAGCUUUAUCAGGAUGAAUUAUUGCCAUAUAGCCCUCUAAUGGCUUGGAUAAAAAACAACAGCCCUGCUAUUUUUGCUGAUUUAUCUAAGGUAUAUGCAGAAAACAUUAGAAAACUUUAUGACAAACAAACCAAAGAAUUUUUUGAUCUGGUGAAGUUUAGACUGACUGGAAUAAAAGAAGGCAUGAGAUUCAGAAUUCAGGAAAGUUUUGAAAAGCUGACUGCUUCUACAUCCAAUCUGCAGAAAACACUUUUCAGAAAUUCUUUGUAUGAGCAUUUAGGAUCAGAAACUGACCUUGCAGAUCGUGGAAUGACGGACAAGGCAAAGGACGAACAGGACAGAGAAUGGAGCAUUUCUACAUUUUGUACGCAGAUGAUAGAUCAGGUAUUAGCAGAACUGGAACCCAUAUGCAUUGCAGAGGAGGAAUUUAUCACCAAAUUCUUUAUGUUGACAGAGGACACGUGCAGUGAAACACCACAGUUGCUGGGGAGUAGAAGUGAUCUCGUUCUUACAGUUAACCAAGACUCAGCAGAGAGAGUACGGAUUUAUCGGAGUGCUGCAGAGCAGGAAGAUUCUGGUAUAAGCAGUAAAAGAAAAAUGAUGAGUGAAAUUUUCAGCACUCUUGAACUAGAUCUAAAGGGGUUUGUGAAUCUAUGUGAUAAGAUCAACCCUUCCAACUCCUUGCAUUUACUGGUAAUAGUGAGCCAGCGAGCACUGAUAGCUCAAGAUUGCGAUCCUUCUUCUUUUCUCAAAUCUACAUUUGGAAACAUUCUGGUGCAUGUUAAACGCAACUUCGACAAAUGCAUUUCUGCUUUGUGCAAGCAAAUGGAAGAAGCUAAGGUCCCAAAGAAGACUAAGAUUGGCAUUCUACCAUUUGUUAUUGGAUUUGAGGAGUUUGUAACUGUUGCCGAAGCUAUCUUUAAGAAUGCUGAGAGAAGAGGUGAUCUGGAUAAAGCUUACAAUAAAGUAAUUGCAGCAGUCUUCGCCAGUGUUGAAAAUAUUGCUUCAAUGAACCUGAAAACCCCACCAGAUGUGGUUAUAAUGGAGAAUUUUCAUCAUAUUUACUGCUUCCUUUCCGAAUUGAAAAUCCACAGUCUUGAAGAUAGAAAAAAGGAAGCCGCCCAACAAUAUUCAGAACACCGUGAUCUCUAUGUUACUAAAUACCUGGGGCAGCCUUUGGAGAAACUAAAUAUCUUUUUUGAUGGGGUCAAGGCUCGUAUUGCACAGGGUGUCAAAGAGGAUGAAGUUAGCUAUCAUCUGGCAUUUAGCAAACAGGAGCUGAGGAAGGUGAUUGAGAAAUACCAAGGCAAAGAGGUGAAGAAGGCUCUGGAAAACCUCUACAAAAAAGUUGUCAAGCAUCUAAGUGAAGAAGGAAACCUUUUACAGGUAGUGUGGUAUACUAUGCAAGGAGAGUUUGUUCGCCAGUACAAGGAGUUUGAAGAAAUGAUUGCUCAAUGUUAUCCUGGCUCUGGCAUAACCAUGAAUUUCAGUAUUGAGGAUAUUCUGCAGUAUUUCUUGGAUAUAACAAAGGCAAUCUAACAACCAACUGUUUAAUAUUUUAUGCAGCUCUUAUUCAAACAUGAAAUGGGCUAAAUGGUCAUAAUAGAUUUGGAACCUUUAUACAGUUAAGUUGUGAAAAAUUUCAAGAUAUCUCAAACCCAAAGUUGUGAUUUUAUGUAACUAAACCAGAACACCACUGUAAAGUAAUCAUUUUUAAUUAUUAAAGGAACACCUUGCUUGA